UAACCGUUCGUGUUUUGAGUUUUAUAUUACCAAAUGAAACCAGUAAAGUAAAUAUCAAGACAGUCUAACAUUGUGAUAAGUACGUAUGCAGAUAAUAGGAAAAAGUAUUUUCUGUGAAAAGUGAUUCGAAGUUUUAUUGUAAAUUACAAGUUAAGCUGGUUUCAUAAUCUUUCCUUCGUUAGGACUUACAAGCUCUUCACCAUGCUGCGAUCGAUAUAUCGUUUAACUCGUAAACUUAGUGCAUCAGGUCUGCGAUCGUGCAGCAAUACUUCACAAAAGCUAGUGCUCACCACAGUAGACGAUAAAACUGGAUAUGCCACCGUUACACUCAAUCGUCCACCGGUCAACAGUCUGAAUUUGGAACUGCUGAAAGCCAUAUCUGAAUCAUUGGAUGACUUGCAGAACAACAAAUCUCGAGGGAUGAUUUUGACAUCGUCUGCUAAAACGGUGUUCAGUGCUGGCUUAGAUAUCAUGGAGAUGUACAAACCGAAACCCGACCGAUUGAAGGAGUUCUGGUCAACGCUGCAAGACGUCUGGUUUAAGCUGUAUGGAUCUCCGUUUCCCACAGUAGCUGUUAUCAAUGGUCACGCACCUGCCGGUGGAUGUUUGCUGUCACUUUGCUGCGAGUAUCGGGUCAUGUGUCCUAACUACACAAUCGGGUUAAAUGAAACCCAACUGGGUAUUGUGGCUCCAACCUGGUUCCAGGCUGCGCUUCGUAACACGAUUUCGCGGCGUGAUGCUGAGCUCGCUCUAACGUUAGGAACACUGUUUUCGUCCGAUGAGGCUUUGAAGGUUGGACUUGUUGAUGAGCUAGCAGAUAGUAAAGAAGUUGCAAUGGCGAAGGCGGUUAGCUUUUUGGACAGGUUCAAGAAAAUAUCUCCUCAAGCAAGAUCAAUGACCAAACAAGCACUGCGCAGUAAAGAAAUUAUGGAGCUAGAAGACAACAGAACACAAGAUAUCGAUUUAUUUGUGUUUGCCGUAACCCAGCCAAAAGUUCAACAAGGGCUUGAACUUUAUUUGGAGGCCUUAAAAAAGAAAGCUGCUAAAUAAUUAACGUUUAAGAGCAUUAAUACUGUUUUAUAUCACUUUACAGAAUUUAUUUUUCCAUACUGUGUAAGAAAUAUAUAAAUUUUUCUAUAUUCAA